GUAUCUCAUUCGUCAUACAGGUACAUACUGUAGUGGACUGCAAAAGUUGCGUUCAAGGACAUGUGGAGGUCACAGUAACACAGUGAAAGCAUUAUUCUGCCAAUGAGCUGUCAUUUCACACUGUCAUUUGGUCUUAAUAAUACGGGGGUUAGGGGUGUCGAAACGUAGGUAUAAUUUGCAUCACGGUGUCCUCACAUAUUUACUGGAGUGAAAUGAAGUUAAAAAUGCUUUCAUUAAAAGUGAUGACAGCGAGGUACUGGAGGUGUUUUAGGACCCAGCGGUUAGAUUAUGAUGAUUAUUUUUUGGGGGGGCGAUGUGGAGGUAAAAAAAUGAGUUUGGUCCAUCGAGCUCGGACAACCAAAGUCAUCAGACAGUUAACGGGGCGUCCAGCAGGAGGCGGCCAUGUCUCACAUCAACGGCACUGAACUGACUUCCCUGCUUCUGUCCUUGCUGCAUCACUGUCUCAACGCAACCACUGCUAAACCGCCACUGAACCACACCAAAACCUCCGCCGCAUCCCAAGGAGUCUUCUACAUCCUUCUGGUGCUCGCCAUGUUCAGCUUCUUCUCCUUCGCGGUCAUGUUCAGGUUCAUCCGUUCCAGGAAGCUAGAGGGCUCCCAGGACCCGUACCAGCAGUACAUCGCCCGAGACUGGAGCCAGAAGCGGACGCCGUCCACGGCUGCCGUGACUCGGGCUCGGCAGGUCGUUGAGGUGUCAUCGUCGGUGAUCAUCAGUAACCCGGCGACAGAGCAGGAAAGCUCGUGAAACAUAGACAUGCACCUGCAACAUGAGGAAGUGACUGCCUUGAAUUUUUUAUUUUUUUUGGGGGGGGGGGUAUGGGCAGCAUGUUCAGUACCACUAUUUUUUUCCAGACCGUUAUCAGUACUGUUUGAGUACUCACUAAUAUCGAGUGGCGUCUUUUGAAAUAUAAAAUUUAACACAAAAAACUGUGAACAAAGACCUUUCUCUCUUCCGCAGAUGAUGGUUCGCCGAUGUAGCAAACGUCGCAGUAUCGCGCCAACUACUGCUAAGAAGGACUUACACAACUUCUGAUUAAAAAAAAAAAAAAAAAAUUG